AUGCCUCCGAUUAAAAAAAUUGUUGAAAUUAAUUUGAUAAUUUGUAAAAGUAACACAGGAUGGGUAGACCUAGACAUGGAUUUCGGACCCUCGGAGCCGGUGAAAAAAAAAGAGCCGAAGAAACCGAGCCAGCCUGAGUCCAGCCAGAUGGACCUGGACUACAUCGACAGCUUGAUAGUAUCAAAGCGCAGUAACCAGACAAGUAGUCUGGCCACACUUCUAGAAGCCUGCGACCCCAAAAAGUCAGCUGAUCUGUCUGUUAGUCGCCAGAAACAGAAAGAACUGACAGAAUGGCUGGUAGAGAAAGCUCUCCCAGGAAUUCCAAGGAUCCUCGUGCUGUCUGGAGCUUCUGGCUCUGGAAAAACAGCGGCGCUGAAGAUCCUGGCUAAGGAGAAUAAAUUUGAUAUAGUAGAGUGGAUCACUCCAACUGAUUCUGCUGUUAAUUACUAUGAUAAUAACAUGACAAUUAAGCAGGCUGAUAAAUUCCUGGAUUUUUUCAUCCGCGCUACUAGGUAUAAUUCUGUGAUGGGCAAUCAGUCCAGCAGGAAGCUUCUGCUGGUCAAGGAUAUUCCUAAUAUUUACUUCCAUGACAAAGACAGUUUUUAUGAUUUAUUAACGCAGUAUUUUGAACUAGGCACUCACCCCUUGGUCUUCAUUUGUCCAGACUCAGAAGCCAGCCGAGUUCAACAAAUUCUCUUCCCUGCAGAAAUAAUCGACAAGUACGGCAUAGAUAAAAUAAACGUGAACGCGACGACUGCAACCGCGAUGAAGAACAUGCUGAAGCGAGUCACCCCGAUCUUGAACUCAAAAGCGGGACAUAUGCUUCAAGUGACCCAGGACAACAUCGACGAGGUCUUAUCCAACAGCAUCGGUGACGUCCGAAGCACUCUUUUGAAUGUAAUCUUCACCUCGCUGAAGAUACCAGGUCAGACUAAGAACCAGGACUGCGAGGUCCGAGAAGAGAGCCUGGGGUUGCUGCAUGGAGUCGGUAGAGUCAUCAAUCCUAAACGCGAGCCUGCUGAUAAACCUGGAGGCUGGAAAUUUGUUCACAAUCCUGAUGAGAUCGCUUCAUAUUUUUUAUCUCACUCAAAUAUUUUUCUGCAUUUUUUGCACGAAAAUUAUUUAGGUACAAUGGAUAAAAUUGAGUUUGUUGAUGUUGCUUCGGAUAUUCUGAGCUUGUCUGAUACUUUGUCAAUUGAAUAUCGGGACCCUAAUCUCGUUAAAUUAAAUUUGUCUCUGUGUAUACGGGGCUUGAUGGUGAGUAAUCAAACUCCUGUCACAAAAUGGAACCCUGUACGCAAGCCUAGAUCUGCCGAGACUAAACAGUAAGUUGAUUUUUUUUUGUUUUUUAGGUAAUUUUUAACGUUAAUUAU